GCCAAGGCCCAAAAGUCACCUAAUCAGUGUCUCCUUUUUCCUCGGUUGAAACAGAGACCACACUGCUGCUCUCUCUAUUUCGCUCGUCUUUUUUCAGUUUGACUAAAUUUCUCCGACAACCAACGAAAUUAAAAGAAAAAAAAUAUGAUGAGCUUUUGGCCGCCGGGUUAUGAGUCUUACGGUCAUGGAGGAUCUUCAGCAUCAUCUUCCAAUCUAUCGGCUUUAGCGCCGCCUUUUAUGGUUGUUCCAAAACCCAUUUCAAGCCCACUUGUAGAUUUGACUGAACCCUCUUAUGGUGUUCCCUUGAACUCUUCUCUGCACAAUUGGCUCCGUUCUCGCUAUCCCAAAUCUGGGCCUGGUUUAUUUCCAAACCAUGGUCCAGAAUACGAUCCAGCGCCUUCAUCGGAUGCAUAUGGAUAUGCUGCCUCGCAGUAUAUUGGGUCCCUUGAUAGCCAUUUGUCUCCAUUGAGCCCUGUUGCGUCAGCACCGGUUGAUACAUACUUGUAUGUUCAGCACUCCGACGGUGUGGAGGCUAGUACUGUUAAAGCCCAACAAUUUUAUCCCACAUAUGUCCCGCCCGGAAUUGAAGACCAUAGUCCUUUGGUCGUUCCAAAUGACAAUAGUUAUGAUUGGUUAUCUUGUUCCAAUGUUGCAACCUGGGGUGGGUCCUCCAACAAUGAUCAUGCUCAAUCUGGUUGGGAUAAUACAGUUGAUUGGGCUAGCUCAUGUAAUGGACUCGGAGAGUGGGAGCAUGAUAAGCAGGUCGAGAUUGAUGGCGGUUUCUGUUUAAAGGGGUCGACUAUGGGUGAUUCUUCUUCCAUUUACAAGAAUGAUGUGAACCAAGGAAGUCAUGCAUCUGAGGGUUUGGACACAUAUGCAGAAGCUUCCCAUAUCAUUGAUAUGUUGGGUUUGGAAAAGUGCGGUGGAUGUGUGAGUAUGGAACAGACUAAUGAUAAAUCCUUCUCUGGGAAAAAUUCCAGAAUUAUGCCUGCUGAUUAUUCAAGAACAUCUUUCUUGGGAUCCCCUUCACUACUUCCAGAAAACCAUUAUGAAACACCAUCCUUAAUACCAGUCACAAAUAUCUACAAAUAUCAAGUGCCAUGCAAUGCCUCAAAUGAGAAACCUAUAAGACAUCAUGAUGCUAGUCUGAGUGGUUGUGCAUCAUUUGUGACAUCUUCGCAUUCACUUGUCAUUAGACCACCGGAUGUCGACACCAGCUUGUCUGCACCAAAUAAAGGUCCACUAGUGGAUAUGGAUUUUGGUACUGAUGCUGCUGAUCCAGAUCUUUGUGGUAAUAGUCCCUCCAAUGUAAACAAAUUUCAUCCUUUGAUAGGGUCUGAAAGCAAAGUUCUGUUUGAUACAAGCCAACUUAGCAUUCACCUAGAUAAAAAUUAUCCUAUUGGCGUGAAGUCGUUCUCAUCAAAAAAUGAAGAGCUGUCAAAGAAGAAAGAAAUUCCUGAGGAUGCCUUGGACCAAGUUUUUAAACCAAAAUGUGGACUUCAAGUUUCUCAUACAAGUUCGGAUGGCUUCAAUUUCGCACGUGAUUUUGUUGAAGCUAUCAAUCCUGUUGAAAAUUCUUCUGAGAGCUUAGAUCAUUAUAACCCUGCUGUGGACUCACCAUGCUGGAAAGGAGUUUCAGUUACUUGUUUUUCUCCAUUUGAAGCUUCUAAAACUGACAGUUGUCAAUAUUUUAAGAUAUUAGAAUCACAUAAUAGUUCAGAUUUUCAGGUGCCUCAGGUUUUUACUCUCAACAUUGAUGAUGCUGUAAAAGUCUCCUCUCAAAAUCCAAAUGAGAAAACAGUGUCUGUGGAGAAAGGUUUAAGACCUCCUCCGAAGAGGCCUUCAGAUGCUAACUCGUUGUCUAGAGAACCCAGAUCAGAUGAUUUUGUAAAUACUGGACCAUUUUAUUCAAAACCAAGUUAUGGCUAUGCGGUCCAGUAUUCUGGUAACAAUUGUGAGCCAGGGGAGAACCAUGCCUUGCUCAACAUGUCCACAGUUGAUUCAGACUUAAUACCCUCCCUCACCACGCAUCAAAAUUUUGAAGCAACCAUAAUGAUUCCAGAAAAGAAGCACUCGUCAGAUACUUGUGAUACUUGUGUUGCAGAUUCUGGAUCGAGUAUUGGUGAUCCUGCAAGAAAUGGUUUAUCUGAUGUGCCAUUCCAUAACACUGGAUAUGGCCUGUCUUCGGCAUCUUUGGUGGAAGAUGCUUGUUCUAAGCUCACCAAACUGCAUGAGGCAGAUUCAACCCCAAAUAUAGAUGUCCAGAUGCUGGUUAGCACAAUGCGUAACCUCUCUGACUUGCUUCUAUUUCACUCUUUAAAUGAUACGCUUAAACUGACGCAAGGAGAUCGCAAGGCCAUUAAAGAUGUCAUCUUUAAUCUUCAUCGAUGCAUAUUAAAGGAUGGUGAAAAAGUGAUUCCAACACAAGAAUCACCCUUUCUCCAGCAAGGCACGGCCCAACAUCUAGAAGAGUUAGCUAAGCGUCGAAAGGAAGUGAACGUGGACAGGCCUGGAUUGACAAAGGAUGCACCUAUUAUUGCUCAGGACCAGCUUGAUCCUAAGUGUCUACAUGAUGAAAAGCAUCAUAUCAUUGGGUCAGGUAAUAAAAUGGAGAUGAUAUCGGAUUUUGUUUCUGUGAAGGGUGAUGCCAGCAGACUGGAAAAAGAUAAUAUGACGCUGGCUAUUAUGAAGGUUCUCAAUGAGAAUUUUGAUUAUGAGGAAGAAAUGGAGCCAAAAUGCUCCUUGUUUAAAAAUUUAUGGCUUGAGGCUGAAGCUGAAGUAUGUUCCAUCAACUAUAAAGCUCGUUACAAUCGUAUGAAGAUCGAGAUGGAGAAAUCUGAGUUGAACAAGGCAAAAGAUGCUUCAGAAAAUACUAUGGAUGUGGAGAAAAGGCGAAAAUCCAAGGCUUCCUGUGAUUUAAACACGCUCAACAAAUUGGUACCUGAGGCUAACAUUGGCCCUUCCCCUGAUAUUUCCAUCCAGGAUACCCCUUCUAUGCAGCAUGUUCGGGCCAGAUAUGAUAUUCUAAAGCAUCAGAUUAAUUACUCAAAUUCCACUACUGCUUUAGAGGAAGCAUCAAGCUCAAAUGUGUAUCCUGAUCUGAACAAGGUUGACAAGUUGGUACCUGAAACAACAGAAGCAAAGUGCCUGAACCAGGAUAUUUCCAUUCAGAAUUCACCUAUCCUUGGCACAACCUGCCAUGUGAAUGAUGUUAUGGCCAGAUUGCAUAUUCUGAAAUGCCAAGUUGACCGUGUGAAUUCUAUAAAAGCUACAGAUGUAGAGGAACCAUUAACCGAGAGUGUUUCUCCUGAUUGGAAUGAAAUUGACAAUUCGGAACCUGAAGCAACUGAAGCGAAGGGGACUCUAAACAUGGAUAUUCCCACCCAGAAUCCUCCCAUUGUAACAAGAAGCUGCCAUGCAGAUGAUAUUGAGGAUUCUGUCAUGGCCAGAUUCCUUAUGCUUAAAUGCCGGGAUGAAAACUUAAGUUUCAUGGAUGUGGAAAAGCAGGAACCGGAAGAGGUUAUUCAUCUUGGAUUGGCAUGUGAGAAAAACCAUAGGCCAAUUACUACAGACAGAUCAGGGGAUGGAAUUGUGGAUGUAAAACUGGGACCUGUCUUGCAGAAUCCCACUGCCAACGGUACCCAAGACAAGUUGACUGUGAAGGAUUGUCAUCUACCUGGGAAUGAUCCAAUGAUCCAAUUUUUCCAGUUCAACAAGCCUGGAGACUCACUUAUUGAAGGCUGGUAUGACGGCACUUCAUCAGAUUGGGAGCAUGUAAUGAAGGAGGAGCUUUAGGGUAGACCUGAAUGUUCGUUCCGUAGAUGGCUCCAUAUAGUCUGGAAGACACUUUUAUGCAGUUUCUGUAUAAAAAUAAUGGAUAUUUCUCUUAAAAUUGUAUAUACGACUGCUCUGUGAACUUGUAAAAAGCUUUCUAAACUUAUCUGGAUUUUCAGAACAUGUUUUUGCUUUUAA